AUGAUACAUCUAGGUUGUCGAUUUGGGUAAUACGGUGCCGUUGGCUAGCAGAACAAACAACACACGACGGAGCUCAGCUAUUUGGGAGAUUUAUCUGAGAUUUAAAUACUAGGGUUUCAUCUCUCACAUUGGCACAAUCAUGGAUCUGUUGCAGACAUACAAGGACACUGAUGCGGACGAUCAACGGAUGUCUGAUCAGUCGUCACCGGACUCAUCUCCUCCACGUCUGACUAUCAUUCCCAAAUCCGCAGCCCCGAAAGUAGACGACACCAUGCUUUCUCUCACCGUCGCCGACGCCAUCGCCAACAAAUCCCUAACCAAGCCUCUUGACCCGACGCAACAUGUCGUUGCCUUCAACCCUACCUACGAUCAACUAUGGGCUCCAAUCGAAGGCCCUGCACAUCCUUACGCAAAAGACGGCCUCGCUCAAGGUAUGCGUAAUCAUAAAUUAGGGUUUGUUGAAAACGCAGCGAUUGAGCCCUUUACAUUUGACGAGCAAUAUAAUACUUUUUAUAAAUACGGUUAUGCUGCUGAUCCCUCGGCCUCGGCUGGGUAUAAUUACGUUGGGGAUUUGAAUGCUUUGAAGCAAAACGAUGGGAUUUCGGUUUAUAACAUACCACAACACGAGCAGAAAAAGAGGAAGCUUGAGAAAAAGAAGGAAGCUUUAGAGAAAGAAGGAGGUGACGAAGAUGAGGUUGAUAAGGAAGAGGUCGAAAACCCUGCAACUGAUGCUUGGUUGCUGAAGAAUAGAAAAAGUCCCUGGGCUGGGAAGAAGGAAGGAUUGCAGGGUGAAUUGAGUGAAGAACAAAAGAAGUACGCUGAAGAUUAUGCCAAAAAGAAAGGCGAGGAAGGAGAUAAGAACAAAGACAAAGGUGAGGGUAUGUCAGAUAAGAGUACAUUUCAUGGAAAAGAAGAGAAGGAUUAUCAAGGCAGAUCAUGGAUUGCACCUCCAAAGGAUGCCAAAGCUACAAAUGAUCAUUGUUAUAUACCAAAAAGAUUGGUGCAUACUUGGAGUGGACACACAAAAGGUGUUUCAGCUAUUCGAUUCUUCCCUAAGAAUGGACACUUGAUUUUGUCAGCUGGAAUGGAUAGCAAGGUGAAGAUUUGGGACGUUUUCAAUUCAGGAAAGUGUAUGAGGACUUACAUGGGGCACUCUAAAGCAGUUCGUGACAUAUCCUUUUGUAAUGAUGGGUCUAAGUUUCUAACUGCUGGAUAUGAUAAGAACAUCAAGUAUUGGGAUACUGAAACAGGGCAAGUGAUAUCCACUUUUUCAACAGGGAAAAUACCAUAUGUGGUUAAGCUAAAUCCAGAUGAUGAUAAACAGAAUAUUCUUUUAGCGGGUAUGAGUGAUAAAAAGAUUGUUCAAUGGGACAUUAAUACAGGGCAAAUUACUCAAGAGUAUGAUCAACAUCUAGGUGCAGUGAAUACAAUAACAUUUGUUGACAACAACAGAAGAUUUGUGACUUCUAGUGAUGAUAAAUCUCUUCGUGUAUGGGAAUUUGGUAUUCCUGUUGUGAUAAAGUACAUAAGUGAACCUCACAUGCACUCUAUGCCAUCGAUUUCACUUCAUCCAAAUGGGAAUUGGUUAGCUGCACAGAGUUUGGAUAAUCAGAUUCUGAUAUAUAGCACAAGGGAGAGGUUUCAGCUGAAUAAGAAGAAGAGAUUUGCAGGACAUAUUGUAGCUGGAUAUGCUUGUCAAGUGAAUUUUUCACCAGAUGGAAGAUUUGUGAUGUCGGGUGAUGGUGAAGGUAAAUGCUGGUUUUGGGAUUGGAAAAGUUGUAAAGUUUUUAGAACUUUGAAGUGUCAUAAUGGAGUUUGCAUUGGGGCCCAGUGGCAUCCAUUGGAACAAAGUAAAGUUGCUACGUGUGGAUGGGAUGGAUUAAUCAAAUACUGGGAUUAAAUCACUCCUUUAAGAGCUUGCAAACUGAAGAGAUGUAAAAGGAAAUCCAGAGUUUUCUACAGGCUGCAAAAUGGUAUGUACUAUGUAGUAGUCCACAUGUAUCAAGAAACAUGUAGCUGAGUCAUCAUAGCAAUAGAUUACAACUUGUUUUUUACUCUCAAUUUUAUCCACAAACAUGAGGGGUAUGUUAUAUGUACGCUUCUUGAGACCAUGUUUGAUUAUGUAUGUUAGUAGUCACAACUUUUCUGUUUCUUUA